CCUGUUGGAGACGGGUAAAGCGAACCGGGAGAAUCAAGCCCUCUGCUGAACCAUUUGGGCACUGGCUGCAUCAGGUCGUUCAGUGCGUAAAAGCAGAGUGUUGAAGUAUGUCUGGAGCUGUGCAUUAACAAGUUCACAUACGUACGCUGUGCUCACCCCGUGCGCGUUAAAGAUGGAGUACCUUUUCUUCCGUAAAUGGUGCGCAAAAAGGACGACUGGACACAGAAGUAUAAUCUCAGAAAAAUUGUGGAAAGUUCAUUCAGAGGUGGACCUGUUUUUCAGUGGAGAAGCUUAACAGAUCUUCAACACAAUGGCAUUGUUUAACAGCACUGAGUGGCUCUGGAAUAACUCCAUUGACCAUUCUGUUAUCCUGGGAAACUCAAGUUUGACACCGCAGAUCGAAGCGAAGAGGAAUUACUAUGCAAUGUUCUACUCCCUACUUAUUCUGGCUAUUGUGUUUGGCAACGUUCUAGUGUGCAUUGCUGUGGUUCGAGAGCGGACUCUUCAAACCACCACCAACUACCUGGUGGUUAGUUUGGCAGUAGCUGAUCUCCUGGUUGCCUCACUGGUCAUGCCCUGGGUUGUCUAUUUAGAAGUGGUGGGCGGAGCCUGGCUCUUCAGUCGCUUGUACUGUAAUGUGUUUGUAACCCUGGAUGUGAUGAUGUGCACUGCCAGUAUACUCAACCUGUGUGCCAUUAGCAUUGACAGGUACACAGCCGUGGUGAUGCCUGUGUUGUACAACACCACCCACAGCUCCCGAAAACGAGUUUCGGUCAUGAUUGCUACAGUUUGGGUCCUCGCCUUCGCAGUAUCCUGUCCCCUAUUGUUUGGAUUCAACACUACAGAUGAUCCUUCAGUGUGCUCAAUUUCAAAUCCCGAUUUCGUUAUCUACUCCUCCGUGGUUUCAUUUUACCUGCCUUUCAUGGUGACCCUUUUGGUAUACGUGCGGAUCUACAUCUUCCUUAGAAGGAGAAGGAAGCGAAUUACUUUCCGUCAAGGAAGCGGCAAAGUUCAGCCAGCCUCAGUGUCACCACUUGCGGAGACAUGUUUACAAGACAUCGCUCAUAAAGAAAAAAGAGAUCUGUCCCCCAUCAAGAUCAAUGUGAUAAAUGAAAGCACAGAGCAGGCUCUUCACCCCCAACUCUUUACCAAGUGCCCGUGGCGCAAACGACCUCAAACCGCCCCUUCCGAUAACUCACCGCUGCCCCCUGUGGUCACGCUGAACUACUGCAGCAUCAGCCAAGCAUCUUUCGCUCAGACUGAUCAAGAUGCAAACCGUGAGGAAGUUGGUGAAGGGGAGCAGGUGACAAUUAAGAGCUGCGAGGUGAAAAAGUUGUCAAAUGGAGCCACACACACCACCCUGUAUCCACCGCGGCCCCCUCAUGUCAUGGUGUGCCCCAGUCAGAUGCGCUGUAGGAGUAUGCAUGCCAAGGAAAAGAAAGCCACACAGAUGCUGGCCAUCGUUUUAGGGAUCUUUCUUAUUUGCUGGUUUCCAUUCUUUGUGACCCACAUCCUAAAUACUCACUGCAGGGUGUGUCAUGUUCCACCGGAGCUCUACAGCGCCUUCACCUGGCUCGGCUAUGUCAACAGUGCACUCAAUCCUGUCAUCUACACCACCUUCAACAUUGAGUUCAGACGAGCCUUCAUUAAAAUCCUGAGCUGCUAAAUCACUCGCAUAUGAUGCCCAGUGGACUCCAGAUGGCUACCAGACAUCUUGGGAUCUUUUUUGUGCAACAAAAUUGGAGAGUGUGAAUGUGUUCAAGGUGACUUUACAUUCACAUUUGGUGGAAUUGUUCCUGGUUGUCUGUAAUGGGGAAUAGAUUUCAGAUGAGAUUGUUUGGUUUAUUUUGAAAGAAUGGACUGGUGUGAAUACCAAACAACAGGUAUUUGGAUUAAGCCACAUUCUGUUUUGGAUGUAGCUACUUAUUCACUUUCUACAACAAACCCAGAAAUGUCCUCUGGAGGUUUUUCUUCAUCUCAGCAUCUUCUUGAUAUUCUGAGGUCAUCAUGUGUUUGCAUGUGUCACCUCCAAAUUGAGGAAAAGUGAGGUUUGCUGGAACCUCCUAUGACAAUUUAUAUGUCUGUAAAGGCGAGUCACUUGACAAAAGGACCAUAAAGCCGGUGAACGUGAAGUAAAAGAUCUAAGAUUGUGACUUUAAUGGCUUUUCCCUCCAAAGCUAUGAAUUGUGAUCUGAAAAUAAGAUGCAGACAGGUUUGUAACAGAUGUAAAUGGUGUUGUAAAUUAAAGCAUUACAUCAAUAAACCCUGUCAUCUAAAGCAUAUAAACAUAUAAAGAGUUCAGAUGCAAGACCCUCCAAGUGUCUUUGACAUGUAAUGUUUAGAAUUCUGUAAUUUGUAAUUGAAAUGCUUAUUUUCACAAAUGUCACUUUACUCACACUCACCUAAAGAAUUAUUAGGAACACCUGUUCAAUUUCUCA